UCAGAGGAAACCGGAAGUGGCGGACUCGUCGCUCGCGCAUCAAAACAAAAACACAUCUGUCCCUCGCUGUCUGUUCUGACCGUUAAAGCCACGUGACCGACAUGGAGGAGUAGAACGCGCGGACAGCUCGCGCUAGCUUCAAUACCCUAGCUUAGCUUAGCCAGUUAGCUCAGCUAGCCCCUAGCUUUCCCGUCCAUGGCGUCCCCGGCGGGGCUCCAGCCGCUCGGCCCGGAUCGCGCCGCCUCAUCCUCCGGCGGCGGGAGGCCACCCCUCCGGCCCCAGCAGCCGCACGCGGGUCCCUCCGCGCCGCGCUGCCUGAUGGUGGAGUCGGUGGACGACGCGGAGGGUCUGUACGUGGCGGUGGAGCGGUGCCCGCUGUGCAGCACCUCCCGCCGCAGGCUGACCUGCGCCCGCUGCGUCAAGGCCGGAGACUUCGUGUCCCUGGACGGGAGGAACGCGGAGAGAUACACUGAAAAGUUGGAGCGACUGAAGAAGCUGAAGGAGGAAAAGGAGCAGCUACAACAAAGAGUUCUCCAGGACAUGGACAGAAAGCAGCAGGCAGAUAAGAUGAAAUGGAAGAUCAUGUCGUGUAAGAUGAAGAUCGAGCAGCUGAAGGAGGCGGUCGCCGGGGGCAACGCGGAGGUAAAGGGUGAUAAGGAGCUCCUGCUGCGCUGCCAGGAGGAGAGCCAGCGGCUGCAGCGUCGGGCCGGACGGCACCAGGAGAAACGGGACAAGAUCGAGCGCCACAACGGGCGCCUCGGGGACCUGCUGGAGAGACGCAGCCGGGAGCUGCAGGGACGCCUCGGACAACUGGCGGCUCUGAGACGAGACCACAUCCUGGAGCUCACCACCCACAUCUUCCACACGCAGGAGGACAAGCAGGGCAGCAGAGACCCCGCAGACGUGGUGGCGGAGUGCGACCCUGCGUUGACCUCCAGCACAGUGAGCGAGCUGGCCGAGGCCCGGAGGACCACCUACCUGUCGGGCCGCUGGAUCUGGGACGACCAGAACGGAGAGACCAGCAUCAGCAUCACGGGACCUCCCGUCACCUUGCCUAGCAACGGGGACUGCUCCGCCUACUACAGCUGGGUGGAGGAGAAGAGAACCAAUCAGGGCCCAGAGCUGGACCACAUCAACCCGGCCCACACCAUCAGCGCUGCUCUCUGCUACGCCACGCAGCUCGUCACCAUCCUGUCCCACAUCCUGGACGUCAACCUGCCCAAGAAACUCUGCAACAGUGAGUUCUGUGGAGAGAACCUCAGCCGGUACCGCUUCACCAGAGCCCUGAGCAAACUCAACACCAACAUCCUCCACCUGUGCUUCUCCCAGCACGUAGACAGCGAGAAGCUCCACCCACAUCACACUCUGAGGAACAUCAUGUUUCUGGUGUCCCCCGACAACACCAACCUGGGCAGAACGGGUCCGUUUGAGGUGAGCGCCGACCUGGAGGAGUCAAUGGAGUUCGUGGAGCCGGAGGCCGCCGGACCAGCAGAGGAGAGCGGAGACGAGGCAGUGACGGACGAGGAGACGGACCUGGGGACGGACUGGGAGACUGUGCCGAGUCCUCGGUUCUGUGACAUCCCAUCGCAGUCCAUGGAUCUUUCCCAGAGUGCAUUGCAAGUGUCGCAGCCCUCUGCUAACGCUGGAGGGAUGAUCUCGUCUGCCGCCGCCUCCGUCACCUCCUGGUUCAGAGCUUACACCGGCCAGCGCUGAGCCGCUGGAGGCCGGGCCUCCUGCAGGUCUCAGACUUUGGACUAAGGUCAGAGGUCAUCGGCUGUACGAGGAUGUCAAUAUCCAGUCAGACGAUAAUGUCCUGUGUGAGGUGUCCCGUGGCCUCUACAGGAGCAGGUGGGUCAGAACCGAGGGUGAAACGCAUGAGUGGAGUUUAAAUAUUUAAGUGUAGAGACGAGAACUUGUGUGUUCUUCUUUCAAAGGAACAAAGUGUGUUUUAAAGUUUGUGUAUUAAAACAAUUUAAAAUAAAAUCCUGUUUCUUGGACAUUGA